AUGUCAAAAUGAAAAAACUAAAGAGAAUCCAAAAAAAUUAGUGUUAUUAGCAUCACACAUUCAAAAGUAUAAUUAUUAAAAAAAAAUUAAUGUCAACGUGACGGUCGUGACGCGCUGACGCGAUCAACGAUGUCAACAAAGUUUUCUUGGAAUGGUGGUUUGUUGCAAAUAGUUGAUUUGCCCGGAUUUAUUGUUUUUUGUCUUAAUAUUAAUUGAAUUACUUAGUACAGAAAACUACAAUUAAAGCAUAAAUUGUAGUUAAUUUAAUUGUUUUAAUUUACUUUGUAACACUUAUCGAUAUUUAUGAGACCACAACAUAACCUUAACUAAAUAUGAAUGUGAGUGAAGAAGAUUUGAAGGAAAUUGGGCAAAUAUGUAUUCCCGGUAUGAGGCUGAGUUUGGCCGACAAGGAGCACAGCGCUGGGCCCGGAACUUAUGAACUUAAAGGUUACAUUUAUUCCACAUUGACUGGAGUCUUAAAAAUUGAAGAUGAUGAGAAAACCAAGGUUAAAAUCAUAUCUGUAGAAAGUCCAAGAACACCAAGCAUUCUGCCAAAGGCUGGUGACAUUGUGACAGCUAAAGUAACCGUGGUGAAUUCUCGAAUGGUACAAUGUGUUAUCCUGUGUGUUGGUCCAUCAGUCCUGGUGAGACCAUACAGGGGCAUUUUGAAGAAAGAAGACAUUAAGAGUACUGAUAAGGACAGAAUUGAUCCUUACAAAUGUUUUCGGCCAGGAGAUGUGAUAUUGGCUAGAGUUCUGCCAAUGACAGAAAUCCACUGGUACCACAUAUCAACAGCAGAGAAUGAGCUGGGUGUCGUCAUAGCAACAGCUGAGGGAUCCCCACAAGGCGUUGGAAUGGUCCCCAUCAGCUGGUCAGAGAUGCAGUGUCCUAAAACACUGGUCAAGGAACCAAGGAAAGUGGCCAGAGUUAUCCCGGAUAACAUUAUGAACCAAAAUUUGUUCCCUGAUAAAGUUAAGAAAGUAGUUGAAAUUAAAGAUUAACUAAUAAAAUGAUUUAGUAUA